AUGCAAAAUUUACGUGAUUUAAAAAAUGCAAACGAUUGGAAUUUUGAAAGCUUCAAGGAAAACUUCUUGAAAUACUUUACUCACACAUGGUCAGAAAAAGACAUCAGCAUAGACAGUCCUCUCUACGCUCUGAUUCUCUAUUUACGAUUCAUCGGUGCUAAAGCCACACACAAUACAUUCAUCUACUCGUCAUCCAACGAUCUCAAGCUUAAUGAUUCAUGGCAAUACUGCAUUACAUGGAAACAAAAAUUAUUCCAACUUUUCCGAAUAUUGUACCCUAUUUACGAGACGAAUCCUACGAAUAAUGAUUUACAACAGGCUAUUCACGCCUUGGAAGAUAUGUUUGUCCUACCUGAUUGGAUUUUGUUGUCUAGUGGAAUGAAGAGUCCUGUCACAUUUUAUUUUGACGAGAGUGAGCGAGAUGUUGAGACAAUUGGAGAUGAAUUUUGGAAACUUAUAAUAAACGAAGAAAAUUCUUCGAAUGUGAUCUCAUCAGGACUAUUGGAGCGUCUUAAGGAAUAUUACUCGAAUGAUGAUGCUGCAAAAAUAAAUAUUGAUGCGAACCCACAUCUUUUCGAAAAUUCAAGAAUUAAUUCGAAACGAAAAAUAUCUUGGAUAUCUGCCAUCCGUGCUGCAAAACAUUUGCCGACUCGAACAUCAGUCAAUAAACAUUCAGCUCUUGCAUGGUAUCAAAUCGGUGCUGAACAAGGCAUUUUUAUCUCUGAAUAUCAAACAGCACAUUUAUAUACUGAAAUUGAUAGCGACAACGGACGAGAUAAAGCAUUUCGUUUAUACCAAAAAUCUGCGAAUAAUGGUUCAGAUAUUGCUCAAAUAGCAUUAGGUUGGUAUUACCAAUACGGUUACGGUUGCCCCAAAGAUGAGACAAAAGCAUUAGAACAAUUCCGUGAAGUAGCUCUACGAGGUAAUUGUGGAGGGAUGUAUUAUUACGCAAUAGCUCUUAUGCGUGGUCUCGGCGGGAAAAUCAACGUUCAAGAAGCAGAAACUUGGUACAAAAAAGCCGCCGAAGCUGGACAUUGGAGUGCGCAGAAUGCCAUCGCAGAGAUCUAUUGGUCUAAUAAACGUGAUAUAGUUAAAGCUUAUUAUUGGUUUUUGAAGUCCGCGGAGAAUUCGUGCCCAAACGCUCUAUCAAACCUCACGUGGUUUGAAGUAUACGUGAAACGGGAUACACAUGCAGCAAUUAAAUGGUUUAGACGAGCUAAAGCCGGUGUUACCAAUACGGUUACGGUUCCCCAAGAUGAGACAAAAGCAUUGGAACAAUUCCGUGAAGUAGCUCUACGAGCCGCCGAAGCUGGACACUGGGAUGCGCAGAAGGAGAUUUAUUUGUCUGACAAACGUGAUAUAGUUAAAGCUUUUGAAAUCCUCGGAGAAUUCGUGCCCAGACGCUCUAUCAAACCUUGCGCUUUUUGA